AUGACCGAAGGGGUGAGUUUAAUUGAUUGAGAUUACUUGUAUUUAGGAGCCUGAAGCACUGAAACAAGAAGGUAAUGAUCAGAAUGAAGGAAAAAAGUCAAACAAGGUAAGUGCAGCAUUAAUAUUGACGUUUCUUUGUUUAGUUGGAUGCAUUGCCACGCGAAUCUUUGAUCAAUCUCUUGAAGAAACAGGUCACGAUUACCAAAGACUUGAAGAAACAGUUAACUACAGCUAAAGAAGAGGUAUGUGUAAUGUUUUUGCUUUUUAUUAAAUUUUUAGGCAGAUGGACUACGGGAACAACUGGGAUCACAGAAACCUCAGGAGGAUGUAAGUUUUUACCUUUUGGGAAAUUAAUUUAUACCCAUUUUAUUGGUUAUUAGAGUUAUAUGUGUUAUAAUAAGUUUAAAUUGAUAAAUGUAUUGAUUUAGAAUGAUACGGCAUUAAUACAAUUGGAGCUGUUGGAUUACAAAAAGAGUUUGGAGCAGCUCAAGAAGAAGUACGAAGCUUCCGAAGCUACAUUAAAGCAAAAAGAUAGUCUUCUGGAUGAAGUCGUUGAGAAAAUGAAGAGUUUGACAGAGCAGAAUGUAGCAUUAGAAGAUGAAAAGCAGAAGGUUACCUUGGAAUUGAACCGACUAGCGGCUGAAAUUCAAGGUAAAUUUACAAGAUGCAUGCUUAAAGUUUUAGCAAACCAGCAAACGUCGUUUUCAAAUCUUUUUAGCUUGAAUUUAUCUUUAUACAAACAUUAAUAAUUUUAGAAAAAGACGAAUUGCUCCAAGAAAAUGGGAAAAACGCAGAUGAUCUGAAGAAGAUGUCAGAUGAAAAGGAGAAGAAGAUUGAAAACGAGAUAUCAGAACUGGAAGAAACUAUUGUAAGACAAACAAAAGUAUUAGAAGAAGUGAGGAAAGAACUGAAGGACACAAAGGAAGAGAACCUAAAUCUGGUUAGAGUCAAUCAUCGUUUCCAAGAUGAUCUCGACCUUGUGAAGAACGAAUUCAAGAAGUAUAAAGAACGAGCUGAGUUCUUGUUGAAUAGUUCUACCGAACAGAAUCAGCGACAAGCGACAGACGGUUUUGAAUUGGAAGAAAUGGAGCGACAGUUGGGUCAGAAGGACAUCGAGAUCUCCGAUUUGAAGUAGGUUACUGGCAUUUUUUGAGAUUCUUAGGUAAAAGAUGGCAAUUUUUCUCUUAAAAUAUCUUUUGAGGACAAAUAUUGUUUGUUUUCAGUGAGAAGAUCCGCCAUAUGCAACACGAAUUGCACUCACAGAAAGAACGAACGUUGACGCUAAAGUCUGAGCUAGAAGACUCCAGAAUGUCGAUAUCGUUUGUCCAGAAAGACUUUAACGAACAACGAAAACAACUUGUCGCCGAAUACGACGAAAGAACCAAGACUUUGGCAUUUGAGAACGAAAGACUUAAAGAUAGUGUAAAUGACUUGAAAGAGAAACUGGCGACAAACAAUCAACGACCUACUAACUUCGACAACUCACAGAUUAUUGAACUCAACAAGGAAAUUAAUCGACUGACAAACGAGUUGAUGGAAUACAAGCAGAAGGAAGAAUCUUCGGAUCGGACUAUCACUGUAAGUUUCGAAUUGGUUGAUCUUUUGAUAAUCUAUUGGAAAAAAGUCUUACGUUUCUGUGAUUACUUAAUGUUAUAUGAAUAUAUUUUAUACAAAUAUUAAAAUGAAAUUCAUUUCAGAAACAGCAAGAAACGAAUUCAAAGAAAAGUGUACCAAAUCCCAUCAAUUUCAACUUUGAAUCCUACUACAAUAAGCAUCAGAAUCCUCAAACAACUUCUGAGCCCUUUGCCAGUCCAGAAGAAGAUCUUGUCAAAAGCCUUAAGAACGUAAUAGAUGGUGUUGAUGAUGUUGAAAGCUGCUCCACCUUCAACCUUGAUGCCUACUCUGUAGAUGACUCUUUCCUGAUGGAACCAGAGUUGGCGAUGAAGCAGAUGGAGAACAUGAAAGAGCUUCUGAAGGAUACAGAAGAGACAAACGCCAAACUCGAAGAUCAGGUCAGACUUCUGAAGGAAGAGAUCAGGAGAAGUGAGAGGGACAAAGAAAGGGAGAAACACGUUUCCAGCAAUUCAGAGUACCUGAAGAACGUGGUGUUGAAGUUCCUGGCUCCAGAGAAGGUGAACGAUGGCAGAAGUCAACUGCUGCCGGUCUUAUGUACAUUACUCAGUCUAACGCCUCAAGAAAAACAGAAAAUCGAAGAAUACCUGAAGUCGCAGAACGUCAGCAACACGACUCCGCCGCCUUCUGAAUGGUCCGGCUACUUUGGGCCGUUGUCAGGAAUAUUCUAA